AUGCCCACAAAAAUGUCACCCUUUUUCCACAAAGUCUCGCUCCAUCUCCUACGACUCUCUCUUCUCAUCCACAAAUUAAGAAAACCCAUCUUCCCAAAGCUCCUCAAGAGGUUCAAGAAGCGUCACGAAUUGAAGCUCCUGAAGCAUUACGACUACGGAGAGUAUCAGUUCUCCGCUUCAACCACUCCCCUUAUUCCUCAUUAUUACCAUCGAAACCAGUUCAAGAAUAGGGCCCACCCAGGUUUCUGUUCUUUCUUGUAUCUCUAUUGGUGCUUGGGGAACUUGAAAGUAGAACGAAGUUGGGAGUGCCAGCUCGCAUUGGAUCCCUUCGAAACUGGAGAUGAAAAAACAGUAGCAGAGGAUUUGUUUGAGUGUGGGUCAGGGGAGGAAGGUGAAUCGGUUGAUCAGAAGGCUGAGAAGUUCAUCCAGAGUUUCUAUCAGCAGAUGAGAAUGCAGAGGCAGGAAUAG